CCUGGCAAGUGCCUUGAUAGCUGUUCCACCCCACAUUUUGGGACGCAUGGAAUCAACGACUAACGACUUCGACGCGCCAACACCUUACUCUCUCCUUACGUUACUCAGCCCUUCAAUCUUUGGACGGUCUAGAGGGCAGAAUAAUGGGAUUGUUUUGCCACAUACAAUGGAAGAUGAAGCAGCAGCUUCCACUGCUCUGAACGUGACCGACGGCAAUGGAGGGGAAACUAAGACAGAGACGGCUCCGACUGGCGCCGUAGUCGAUGACAGUAAUGGCCCCAACGAGAUUCCACCUCGAUUACCGCCUCGUCCGAACCAGCUCGAUUCACUGGAGCGACCUUCGACACCACUCUCAGCGAGACCCAAGCCCCGAGCUCAACCGACUACUGCGCUGUCCUCGAUAGACAUCCAGACGCUGUCAUUUCCCGACGGAACCAGAGGCACGUUCUCAUCGACAGAUAAUACGGCAUCUCCGUCCGCGGCGGGGACUUCUGUUUUGGAUUAUAGCCACAGAAGAGAUUCACGGAGCAGGGAUGAGGCAGAUGAUAAUGCCAGCCUGCAAACCUUCACCGGAACUACACAUACUGGAGGAGGAGACCUGGAAAGCCUGCUGGGAGGGGCCAACGCACAAAGUGCAGCAUGGAAAAUGCUAGCGGGUCAAGCAGAGACGGUCAAUCCGUUUGAAACGAUUGAACACUCGGAAAAUGAUAAACUGGCCGUGUUCGAACAAGAGUUCGAUGAAAUACAUGACGUCGACAGCGAAAUGGGCAACGAGGAGCAACUACUGGAUCAAUUUAAGUCGAAACUCAAGCAUUAUAUGAUAUUUUCAUCGGCGGGAAAGCCCAUAUAUAGCAGGCACGGCGAUGUCAACCUGAUCAACGGCUAUAUCGGUGUCAUUCAGACGAUUAUAUCGUUCUAUGAAGAAUCGAAAGACCCCCUUCAAUCUUUUACUGCCGGCGACACCAAGUUUGUCGUUUCUGCACAGGGCCCUCUAUAUUUCGUCGCCAUUAGCAGUCUGGGUGAGAGCGAAGCGCAACUUCGCAUCCAGCUCGACGCUUUAUACAUGCAGAUCUUAUCUACCCUUACCCUCCCACGCCUCACCCAGAUCUUUACAAACCGCCCAUCGACCGACUUGCGUCGACCUCUCGAAGGCACAGAUGUCCUCCUCUCAUCCCUCGCGGACACAUUCACCAAAGGCUCCGCAUCCACCCUCCUAUCCGCUCUGGAGUGUCUCAAAAUCCGCAAAUCCCAACGCCAUGUCAUCAACAACACCCUCCUCAAGACCCGCACCGACAACCUUCUCUACGGUCUCAUUGUCGCCGGUGGCCGCCUAGUCAGUGUCGUGCGUCCAAAACGUCACUCUCUACACCCGAGUGACCUACAACUCAUUUUCAACAUGCUCUUCGAAGCCAAGAGCAUCCGCUCCGGCGGCGGCGAGAACUGGAUCCCCCUCUGCCUCCCCGGCUUCAACAACACCGGUUACGUCUACAUGUACGUCUCCUUCCUCGACGGCGAAGAAGACGACACCACCCCGGAAAGCACCAACAGCCGCGACGAUGCCGUCGCAGUCCUCCUCAUAAGCACCGACAAGGAGAGUUUCUACGAGCUCAAACAGAUGCGCGACGCUGUCGUCGCGCAGCUCCACAAAAACGGCAGCCUGGAUAUCAUUAAAAACGCCGUCCGCGCCGGCCGCCCAAGUACCACCGAUAUCGUGCCUGGCACCCAGCUGCGGCACUUCCUCUACAAGAGCCGCGCAAACGUGCAGUUCACCACCAGUAGCUACGCACCGCAUUUCAACAGCCUGAUUUCCCACCGCCGCCUCCUCUCCCUCUACCAAACCCUCCAUGCCUCCUCGCACGCGCGCACAUCACACACCAAAGUCCUCCACUGCGUCUCCAAGACCUCCAUCGCGCUCGCCUGGGCUACCCCCGUCUUCGAGUUCUACUGCGUAGCUGGCCCAAAUUGUGCCAGGGGCGCGUUACUGCAGGGAGCUAGUCGGGUGGUGCAGUGGGUUAGGAGGGAGGAGGAGAGGUUGUUUAUUAUUGGUGGGGCGGUGUUUUGAUUGCCCUGCGAGCCAAGGGGCAGGGGUGAAGGAGAGGGCAGGGGUUGUAUGGUUGAGGAGUUCGUGUGGCUUUUUUGUGGCGUUGUGGAGGAUUUCUUGGAUUUGACGUCUCAUGAGCUGUGUGGAUUUUGAAUUCUCAUAUUCUAGUCACAGCAUGUUUUGCAUCCGAUAAAGGGGUCAGGUACAUAAUAUAACCAACAAGUUGGCAGGUUUAUAUUACUAAAAUCAAAUACAAUCUAUUACGAUAAUCGGGUAUGGUAUACUAAAACAAAUUCCUCCACAAACCCGCGUGCGCGCCUGCCCUUACCCCAAGUCCAAAAGGCUGGAACAAUGGGAGGAACAGCUACCACGACACAUUCCAUGCACGCUCUCCUCUCGCCAAACACACAAAUCAAAGAAUCAUCUAGGACACGAUAACAGCCUUGCCGAACUGCGGGGCGUUGAUCAGGAUACCAGUCAAGCAUCCCGAAAUGAUACCAGUGCAAGGAAGCGUGAUGAUCCAGCCAAAGUAAAUCCACGCAAUCAUGCGCCAGUUGAUAGCCCUCCACGUACCAGCGCAGAGACCAACACCGACGGUCGCACCGGAGAUACACUGGGUGGUAGAGAUUGGGAGAGCGAGACGCGUGGCCAUGACGACGGUGACGGCGGAGCCCAGCUCCAUGGAGAAACCGCGCGAGGGGGAGUGGAGGGUGAUGCGGUUACCGAGCUGGCGCAUCAUGUUGUAGCCGUAGAACCAGAGACCGAUGGAGAGGGCGGCGCCGCAGUAGGCGAGCACCCAGAUGGGGACGUCGGAGGACUUCUUGAGUUCGUACUUGCUGCUGUGCCAGAUUGUGAACACGGUGGCGAGGGGGCCGACGGCACUGGGGUGUGUUAGGUUGGGUUUUCUUAGGGGGUGGGAAGAACUUACUUGGCAACAUCGUUGGCACCGUGGGCGAAAGAGGCGGUACAGGCAGUGAGAACUUGGAGGAAAGAGUAGGUGUGCUCGGCCUUGUUAUCGUAGUGGGUGGCAGCAUCGUGGACAGACUUCAGGUCACCAACAAGGGCCGACGACUUCUUGGACUGGUGGGAUACAACAUCCAUAUCGACACCCCUGAAAAGAAGCCUCUUAGCGAUCUGGAAGGGGCUCUUUUUUGGCUGCUCCUCAGCAUCGAUGUCAGUAGGAGAGUCAAUGUUCUUCUGAAGGCUGACAGGCUUGCUGCCGUUCUUCUCGACGUCCUCAGCGGUAUCACGUCCAGGGGCAACGGUUCCAUCGGCCUGGGCUGUUUCGUAGUCGAAGGUCUUGUAGUAGUCGGUGACGAUAUUGUGGCCCUCUGGCUGUGGGGGCACGGGGCCGCGCUUGAGGAGGAGAGGGCCGAAGAAGAGGUGAUACCACUUGAGCUCCCAAUCGUCCUUGACGAGAAGGCGGUAAAGGUAGGGAAGGAGGAAAAUGACGGUGAGAAGCGCAACUCCGCCGCCAACACCGAAGAUGCAGCCAAGAAUAAGAGCAGUGCUGGGGUUCUUGAUGGUAGUGGCACCCUUCCAGACGAUUAGCACUGACUAGUUAGCAUCUGUUGGCGAAUUUCAGUUGCAUGAUGAACUUACUGGUGAGGAUAGCAGUUGUGAAGCCGAAGUAGAUCGGCACCAUGAAGAAGGCGGCUCUGACUGGGUUCUCGCGCUUCAGGACACCGUACUUGGUGAUGGUGAAGAUAAUGGCACCGAAAAUUCCAGCAAGUCCGGGAGCGAUGGCCCAGGCAGCGAAAACCUGAGCAACACCCUUCCAGCCCCAGGUGACGUUGUUUGCUCCAACUGUCGCGAUACCCAUGCCGAUAACACCACCCAUGAUGGAGUGGGUGGAGGACACAGGCAUACCGAGACGGGUAGCAACGGAUAGGUAAAUCGAGGAUCCGACAAGGGCACAGGUCAUUCCGACCAUGAGGACCGCCGGGUCCUUCUCGAAGAAGGAGAUGUUCACAAUCUUGGUGCGAAUGGUGUCGGCAACACGACCUCCAACACCGAUAGCACCUGCGAAUUCCAUGACUGUGGCCAAGCACAUAGCCUGCCUCAGGGUCACAGACCGCGACGAGACAGACGUAGCCCAAGAGUUGGCGACAUCAUUGGCUCCUAUCAUCGAACAUUAGUAUCGCUUUGGAGAAAAGCAGUCGUCCUAGUCACGGGGCAGGGCAGCAUACCGAUCAUGAAGGCAUCGAGGAAGCCAAAAAUCAUCGCAAUAGCGAAGAUAUAGUCGAACUGGUGAAGCAUGGCGGCGGUUGGGCUGUGUACAGCUUCUAUGAGAAAAGGUCUCUAUGAAGCAGCCCCAGAGGUGAGGGUCUCGGUUUGUAAUGAGGUUGAACGAAUAUUUUGGGAGAGGAUGAGCGAAGCAUACUUAUAUGUGAUACCCAAGACAUUAGGACCAACAAUCCCUCCCCACAAGUAUCGACUAGGGGGGGGGGUUGUGGGUAGGAGGGGGACAUUUCUUCUGAGCUGUAAUGGAUACCAUAGUAGUACUCGAGUACAUAGUAUGGUAGUGUAUCAUGUAGGUGUACGCUACUAAGUACAGUAGUGGCAAAGCCAGGAUCGACCAUAGUGGGUGCUGCGUAACAUGAUCCAUCCACUAUAACGAAUUUAGGUUGACAGACAAAUUUGCUGCAGGUGGAAAGGCACCUGAGCGGAGCAUUAUGAUAGCCAAGACUAACCUCAAGGCGGGCAAGUCUGCACAUGGGGCGGCAUGAGGGCGGCAUGAGGCGGGGGGAGCAUGACACUACAGGCGCAAUAGAGAAAUGAUAGUUGAAGGUUUAGUAGUAGAGAAGAUUGCAUCGGUUGGGAACAACCGGUAGAUCAUGGUCUGACCCAAGAGCGGUUGCCAAGCCGUUCAUGCCGUUAUGAUAAUACGAGUAUUGCAGUGACAAAGCUGAGGAAAGUACAUGGGGAUUAAUCAAAUUACUCGAGUGCCACCUUCCAAGGAGUCGCUUAAAAAUGAGAAUUCGUGCAAAAGAGCGUAACAUCGGCAAUAGUUCCAAACUGAUGGUGUGAAGAAAACAAUAGUGUUGAUCGUGUUGGUGGUGUUAGUGGUGUUAGUCGAAGGAU